CGCCAUGACUUCUAGCUAUGCACAUGUGAUGGACAGGCAAGCCUCGCUAUCGAACCGCCUGGAGAGUCCGAUCACGUCGAACCUGGACAACCUGCAAGCCAAAAAGAACUUCUCGGUCAGCCACCUGUUGGAUCUGGAGGAGGCCGGGGAAAUGGUCGGCAACCAGGCGGACGAGAGCGUCGGGGAGGCGGGGAGGAGUAUGCUGGAGUCCCCGGGGCUGACGAGCGGGAGCGACACGACCCAGCAGGAGAAUGAACAGAUGAACACGGAGGAGAAGAAGAAGAGGAAGCAGCGUAGGAACAGGACCACCUUCAACAGCAGCCAGCUCCAGGCUCUGGAGAGAGUGUUUGAGAGGACACACUACCCCGACGCCUUCGUCAGGGAGGACCUGGCCCGCCGGGUCAACCUCACCGAGGCCAGAGUCCAGGUUUGGUUUCAGAACAGGAGAGCUAAAUUCCGCAGGAACGAGCGCGCCAUGCUGGCCAGCAAAAACGCCUCGCUCCUCAAAUCGUACUCGGGAGACGUGACGGCGGUGGAGCAGCCAAUCGUACCGCGGCCUGCACCGCGCCCAAACGACUACCUGUCCUGGGGCAGUGCUGCCCCCUACAGCUGGUAUCCAAUGCCGGAGGGGGGGCCAGUGCGAGUUCCACAGAAAAUGCUGCCCUCAGAGAACAACGCCAUGGCCAGCUACCCGCCCACCUGCUCCAACACCAACACGUCCCAGGGCAUGAACAUGGCCAACAGCAUCGCCAACCUGCGGCUCAAAGCCAAGGAGUACAGCUUGAACCAGGUGCCCACGGUGAACUGAGAGGAGGAGCGGCCGGGGACUGGCUCAGGAGGGGGAACCUCCCUGCCGCUGGACCCCCGCGGACGGACACCGUCUGUGGGUUGAGCAUCAUUUUACAUACCC